AGAGGGGGUCUGUGUCAGGAAGGCGUAAAAAAAUUGCCAAAUCAACCACGCGAAUAUUUCGGCAUAAAUCCGAAAGGAGUUAGUUUACCGUCCAGUCUACACUCGAUUGCUUUUCCCUGGGUUCAGCGGUGAAUCGAAGGCAGAGCAGACGCUGCCGCUGAUGCAACACACUGACAGGUUCCCCGGCUUCCCUCACCCACGUCUCAUUGUAAGAAGUCAGGUUUUUGAGUCAGAAGAUCUGUUGCAUCAUGGCAGAUCAGCUAAGUCCAGAUCAGAAGUUUGACCUUAUCACCAGGAACCUCCAGGAAGUCCUCGGUGAGGAGAAGCUGAAGCAGGUUCUUAAGGAGAGAGAGCUGAGGGUGUACUGGGGUACAGCGACCACCGGUAAACCCCAUGUCGCGUACUUUGUCCCCAUGUCCAAGAUUGCAGACUUCCUCAAGGCAGGAUGUGAGGUCACUAUACUGUUUGCAGAUUUACAUGCCUAUCUAGAUAACAUGAAGGCCCCCUGGGAGCUGCUGGAACUCAGAGUGAAAUACUAUGAGCAGGUGAUCAAGGCAAUGUUGGAGAGCAUUGGUGUACCUCUGGAUAAACUCAAGUUUGUCAAAGGAACUGACUAUCAGCUCAGCAGAGAAUACACCCUUGAUGUGUACCGCCUGUCCUCCAUGGUGACGGAGCAUGAUGCCAAGAAGGCUGGAGCAGAAGUUGUCAAACAAGUGGAGCAUCCUCUGUUGAGUGGUCUGCUCUACCCUGGAUUACAGGCUCUGGAUGAGGAGUAUCUGAAAGUGGAUGCCCAAUUUGGAGGAGUUGACCAGAGGAAAAUCUUCACUCUGGCAGAGAAGUAUUUGCCCUCUCUUGGCUACGCCAAGCGUGCCCAUCUGAUGAAUCCAAUGGUACCAGGACUCACAGGAACCAAGAUGAGUUCCUCAGAAGAAGAAUCAAAGAUAGAUCUGCUGGACUCCAAAGAGGAUGUCAAGAAAAAGCUGAAGAAGGCCUUCUGUGAACCAGGCAACAUUCAGAACAAUGGAGUCCUCUCAUUUGUCAAAUUUGUCCUGUUUCCUUUACGUGGAGAGUUUUCCAUUAAAAGAGAUCCCAAAUUCGGUGGAGACAAAAUCUACACUGUGUUUGAAGAUGUGGAGAAGGACUUUGCAGAGGAGUUGAUCCACCCAGGAGAUCUGAAGGCCUCGGUAGAAGGUGCACUUAACCAGCUUUUGGAGCCAAUAAGAAAGAAGUUUGAGCUGCCUGAGCUACGCAAACUCACCAACCAAGCCUAUCCUGAUCCAUCAAAGACAAAAACGGGAGCAAAGGGUGCCAAGACAGGAGGAGGAGGAGAGGAUGAUGAGCUGGUCCCUUCUAGACUAGACAUCAGAGUGGGCAAGAUCAUCAGUGUGGAGAAACAUCCAGAUGCUGAUUCACUGUACCUAGAGAAGAUUGAUGUGGGUGAGGCAGAAGCAAGGACCGUUGUCAGUGGGCUGGUGGCCUACGUCUCACAAGAGGACCUGCAGGACAGAAUGGUGUUGCUGCUGUGUAAUUUGAAACCCCAGAAAAUGCGAGGGAUCGAAUCUCAAGCCAUGUUGCUGUGUGCCUCUAUUGAGGGAGAUCCAAGAAGGGUGGAACCUCUGGACCCUCCAGAGGGUUCUUCACCAGGGGAACGAGUCUUUGUGGACGGUUAUGAGACGGGCAAAGCAGACGAAAGACUCAACCCAAAGAAGAAGGUGUGGGAGAAACUACAGGUGGACCUGACAAUCUCAGACGAGUGUGUUGCUCAGUGGAAAGACAAGCGUCUGAUGACUAAACUCGGACAGAUCACAUGUAAGACACUCAAAGGAGGCAACAUCAGCUAGACGCGCUUUGCAUUCGCCACUGAAGCUGCUCCUGCCGGUCACAUAAGCAAAACUUCCUCACCAGGGAGCCAUAGCAACAACUUUGAACUUUAUCAGUGGUCUCAGAAGUUUUGGGCACAUUCUGUUACUUUCAUUUGACUUGAUUUAAAAAAAAAUCAUUUAAAUACAAUAUAACUAUUCAACCUAUGAUUUUGUCAUUUACAUCUUUAAUAUGGCUUUGUACAUUUUUUAUUAAUGCACAUAUACUGUAUGUACAAAUGCAUUAAAUGUUAAGCAAAUCAAAGAUAACAGGGUCUAUUAAGGUGAAGCUUUCAUUAUUGACUGUUGCUUAUUCUUGGAAUAACUGAUGGGAAAUCUCAGGUCGUUGAAAAGGGAUUUAUUGUUUUCAUACUUCAGUCAAACUGUGUUGUUUUCCUUCUUGACAAAUGUCGGGAUGGGGCCAAUCCGCCAAACCUUGUCAACAAGAAUGGCUUCCAUACAGCCCAUGUGUAUGAAUAUAAAUCUCUACAUGAGUAAUGAAUGGCCUUGCUGUAGUAUAUGACGGUUGUAUCAGAGCUAGUGUUGUACAGAAAUCAAUAUCUAGAUAUUAUCUGUUGUAAAAUAACACACAUCCAACAUGAAAUAAACACUGAGUUCUGUGGUCUGCAGGAAUUCA